GCCGAAACCGUUCUCUCUCUCCCUCCCUCUCUCUCUCCAACUAUAUAUAUUCCUCAUUUUCUCAAUUGCUUUCUCUCGGAAGAAAAUCCCUGACCUAGUUUCCAGAUACUUCUCUUCUUCCUCCCCCUCUUUAUCCUCAUUGAGCGACGAAUCUUCAAAUCUUAGCUUCCAUUUGCGAAUAGAUGGCGAAAGCUGGAGCAUUGGAUCUGGCGUCCGGACUCGGAGGGAAGAUCGAUAAGAAGGAGGUCCUUUCUGCUGUUGAGCAGUAUGAGAAGUAUCAUGUCUAUUAUGGAGGAGAGGAGGAAGCGAGAAAAGCUAACUACACUGACAUGGUAAACAAAUACUACGAUCUUGUCACCAGCUUUUAUGAAUUUGGCUGGGGCGAGUCCUUCCAUUUUGCACCCAGAUGGGAAGGGGAGUCACUUCGUGAAAGCAUCAAACGGCAUGAGCACUUUCUUGCUCUACAACUGAGUUUGAAGCCUGGAAUGAAGGUGUUGGAUGUGGGAUGUGGAAUUGGUGGACCCCUACGGGAAAUUGCUAGGUUUAGCUCAACAUCUGUUACAGGACUGAAUAACAAUGAAUACCAGAUUACAAGAGGCACUGAACUCAACCGCUUAGCAGGAGUGGACAAAAUCUGCAACUUUGUGAAAGCCGACUUCAUGAAGAUGCCAAUUUCUGAAAAUUCUUUUGACGCAGUAUAUGCAAUAGAAGCCACCUGCCAUGCACCAGAUGCACUUGGGUGUUACAAAGAGAUUCUUAGGGUACUGAAGCCUGGUCAAUAUUUUGCGGCAUAUGAAUGGUGUAUGACUGAUUCGUUUGAUCCCAAGAACAAAAAUCACCAGAAAAUCAAGGCAGAAAUUGAGAUCGGUGAUGGCCUUCCUGACAUACGAUCAACAAGGCAAUGCCUUGAAGCUUUGAAGCUUGCUGGAUUUGAGGUUGUAUGGGAGAAAGACCUAGCUGUAGACUCCCCUGUACCUUGGUAUUUGCCUUUGGAUAGAAGUCGCUUCUCUAUAAGCAGCUUCCGUUUAACAGCUGUUGGACGUUUCAUCACUAGAAACAUGGUCAAAGCUUUGGAAUUUUUAGGGCUUGCACCUGAAGGAAGCCAAAGAGUUUCAUCUUUUCUUGAACAAGCUGCAGAGGGGCUUGUUGAAGGCGGGAGGAAAGAGAUAUUCACACCAAUGUACUUCUUCUUGGCUAGGAAGCCAACUGCAGAAGCUCACUGAAAGGUUUGAAGGUUGUAUGGGGAAGUGUAAAGCGGGGUUUGUUCUUCGGAUGUCAAAUUGAAAACGAUGUGCUUUCUACAUAAUAGAAUCUUGUAUUUGGUUGCUUUGUCUACUUUCGAAUCUGUAACAGGAAAACAUCUCCUGAUUGAGCUCUGACUUUUGCAUGGAUGAUUUUAGGACCUACCAUAGCUUAGAAAUGAUUAAUUAGCCCUGCUCACAGGACUUCUUCUGCUC